CCGGCGCAGCCCGGGGGCGGCGGGAGGAGGCGGCGGCGGCGGCGGUGGCGCUGGGAGCUCCUGUCACCGCUGGGGCCGGGCCGGGCCGGGCCGGAGUGCAGGGGACGUGAGGGCGCGAGGGCCGGGACAUGGGGCCCACUAGCCCUGCCGCUCGCGGUCUGGGCCGCCACCCGGGCCCGCCGCCGCUGCCGCUGUUGCUGCCACUAUUGCUGCUGCUUCUGCGCGCGCAGCUCGCCGUCGGGAGCCUGGCCGGUGGGAGCCCCGGCGCGGCCGAGGCUCCAGGGUCGGCCCAGGUGGCUGGACUAUGUGGGCACCUAACUCUUCACCGGGACCUGCGCACCGGCCGCUGGGAACCAGACCAACAGCGCUCACGACGCUGUCUCCGCGAUCCGCAACGGGUGCUGGAAUACUGCAGACAGAUGUACCCGGAGCUGCAGAUUGCACGUGUGGAACAGGCGACACAGGCCAUCCCCAUGGAGCGCUGGUGUGGGGGCUCUCGAGGUGGCCGCUGUGCUCACCCCCACCACCAGGUUGUGCCUUUCCAAUGCCUGCCAGGUGAAUUCGUGAGCGAGGCCCUGCUGGUGCCUGAAGGCUGCCGGUUCUUGCAUCAGGAGCGCAUGGACCAGUGUGAGAGUUCAACUCGGAGGCAUCAGGAGGCACAGGAGGCCUGCCGUUCCCAGGGCCUCAUCCUGCAUGGCUCGGGCAUGCUUUUGCCCUGUGGCACGGAUCGGUUCCGAGGUGUGGAGUAUGUGUGCUGCCCCCCUCCAGUCACCCCUGAUCCAUCUGGGACAGCAGUUGGUGACCCCUCCACCCGGUCCUGGCCCCUAGGGGGCAGAGUAGAGGGGGGUGAGGACGAGGAAGAAGAGGAAUCCUUCCUACAGCCAGUAGACGAUUACUUCGUGGAGCCCCCACGGGCUGAAGAGGAAGAAGAGGAGGAAAGAGUCCCACCCUCAAGCUCCCAUAGCCCUGCAGGGUUCAGCAAAGUGACCACCACCGCAAGGCCCACAGAUGGUGUGGACGUGUACUUUGGCAUGCCUGGAGAAAUCAGCGAGCAUGAGGGUUUCCUGAGAGCCAAGAUGGACCUGGAGGAACGUAGGAUGCGCCAGAUUAAUGAGGUGAUGCGUGAAUGGGCCAUGGCAGACAACCAGUCCAAGAACCUGCCGAAAGCUGACAGACAGGCCCUGAACGAGCACUUCCAGUCCAUUCUGCAGACCCUGGAGGAGCAGGUGUCUGGUGAGCGACAGCGCCUGGUGGAGACCCAUGCCACCCGAGUCAUCGCCCUUAUCAACGACCAGCGCCGGGCAGCCUUGGAAGGUUUCCUGGCAGCACUGCAGGGAGAUCCGCCUCAGGCAGAGCGCGUCCUGCUGGCCCUGCGGCGUUACCUGCGUGCAGAGCAGAAGGAACGAAGGCACACGCUGAGGCACUACCAGCACGUGGCUGCCGUGGAUCCUGAGAAGGCCCAGCAGAUGCGCUUCCAGGUGCAGACCCACCUUCAAGUAAUUGAGGAAAGGAUGAAUCAGAGCCUGGGGUUGCUGGACCAGAACCCCCGCCUGGCUCAGGAGUUGCGGCCCCAGAUCCAGGAACUUCUCCACUCUGAGCACCUGGGUCCCAAUGAAUUGGAAGCCCCCGCCCCAGGGGGCAGCAGUGAGGACAAGGGUGGGCUGCAGCCUCUGGAUUCCAAGGAUGCAGACACCCCCAUGGCCCUUCCGAAAGGGUCCACAGAACAAGACGCUGCAUCCUCUGGGAAAGAGAAGAUGUCCCCCCUGGAGCAGUAUGAGCGAAAGGUGAAUGUAUCUGUUCCAAGGGGUUUUCCUUUCCACUCAGCGGAGAUUCAGAGAGAUGAGCUGGCACCAGCUGGGACAGGUGUAUCCCGAGAGGCCGUGUCUGGUCUGCUGAUCAUGGGAGCAGGUGGGGGCUCCCUGAUCGUCCUCUCCCUCCUGCUCUUGCGCAGGAAGAAGCCCUAUGGGGCUAUCAGCCAUGGAGUGGUGGAGGUGGACCCUAUGCUGACCCUGGAGGAGCAGCAGCUGCGUGAACUGCAGCGUCAUGGCUAUGAGAACCCCACCUACCGCUUCCUGGAGGAACGACCCUGAACCAGCCCCCUUCACCCCUUUGGCUGAGCCCAGAGCUUCCCUCUUCCUGGAGCCCCAGAACCCCAACUCCCAUCCUGGGGGAGGGGUCUCAAAAUUGUUCAUUUCACACUCUUUGUGAGGGGACUGGAAAUUCUUAUUUCCCCUUUCCAAUUCCAAAUUCCAUCCCCAAGAAAUCCCCAGGUAUUCCCAGCUGCCUCCCUGCUUGGGACCUCCUCACUUUAAUUUAUUUUGUAAGUUAAUUUAUUGUUCCUUAAGGUGACCACCAGCUUGGUCCCAGUGUCUGUUGUUCCCUAGAAUUCACCCUCCCAUGUGAUCCCCACUAACAUCCCAAUAAAAUCCUUUUCCCCACCA